AGGGUUAAUCUCCCCAUCCCCACUGGCCAUGGUCCCAAUCAGGACUGAGACUCUGGUAGUCUCCCAGCCAACUAUUCGACGUGCCCAUGAUUUUGACGCAAAGCGGGAUGCCAAGGCACUACAUAAAGCUUGCAAAGGAAUGGGGACUGAUGAAAAGGCCAUUAUCGAGAUCCUGUCCAACUGUUCAUCAGACCAGAGGCAACAAGUGAAACAACAGUACAAGGCCAUGUAUGGCAAGGAUUUGGAAGAAGUGCUUAAAGGAGAACUCAGCGGGAAUUUUGAAAAGACGGCACUGGCCCUCCUGGAUCAGCCAUGGGAAUACAAUGCCAGAGAGCUCCGGAAAGCAAUGAAAGGAGCAGGGACUGAUGAAGCUGUUUUGAUUGAGAUCCUUUGUACUCAGAUCAACCAGCAAAUCAUAUCCAUAAAGGAUGCCUACAAAAGGAUUUUUGACAGGGAUUUGGAAUCUGAUGUUAAAAGCGAAACAAGAGGGUCCUUCAGAAAGAUUCUUCUCUCUGUACUGCAGGCCAACAGAGAUCAAGAGAUAAAGAUCAAUGAAAACUUAGCCCAGAAUGAUGCCAAGGACCUCUAUGAGGCAGGAGAAGGCCGCUGGGGAACAGAUGAACUGGCUUUCAAUGAUGUCUUGGCAAAGAGAAACUAUAUGCAGCUAAGAGCUACCUUUGAAGCCUACAAGCAGCUGACUGGUAAAGACAUCGAAGAUUCUAUUAAGAGUGAAACAUCUGGAGACCUCGAAAAGGCAUAUCUAACCCUUGUGAGAUGCUCCAGGGAUUGCCAAGCCUACUUCGCUACUUGCCUCUACGAUGCCAUGAAGGGAGCAGGGACGGAUGAGGAGACGCUGAUUCGCAUCGUGGUGACACGGGCAGAGAUUGACCUUCAAACAAUCAAGGAGAAGUUCCAGCAAAUGUACAACAAAUCUCUGGCUGAGGCCAUCCAAUCAGACACUUCAGGAGACUUUAAGAAGCUGCUAAUAGCUCUGCUGCACUAAAUCUCUGUCAAAAGGAAAGACACCUAAACUAAAAGAUUUUUUUUUAAUGGGUGAUUUGCUGUCACUGCCACCAAAACAAUCCCUUUUAUUUCUCUUUGCAGCCACGGAUCACAGCUGGACAGCUACGUAGUCCUAGAUCUUAGCUGGUCCCAAAUGUAUGAUGGAAUCACCUUUUGUGUCCUCAUGUAAUAAAAUCAUUUUUAGUAGAAACUUAAAAAAAAAAAGCUGUCCAGUUUCUUCAUGUGUAAUAUAGGGAUUGUUCAAAUCCUAUUAUUCAAAUUCUCUGUCAUGAACCCUGUCGCCUAUUAAGGUCAACUAGAGAGGCCCGGUUACAGUUGCCGCCAACUCGUUUGGUGGCAACUCAGGACCAGGCCUUCUCUGUGGCUGCCCCAGGGCUUUGGAACGCACUCCCUGCUGAAAUAAGAGCAUCUCCUUCUCUGUUUGUUUUCAGGGGGACCCUGAAGACGUACCUAUUUUCCAGGCUUUUAACUGAAACCAAAUUUUUAAAUUUUAAUGUGUUUUUCUCUAUUAUGAUUUUAUCUUUUUAUGAAUUUUAAAUGUUUUAUAUUUUAUAGUAUGUUUUUAUUCUGUAUACCACCCAGAGAUUUCUAUAUUAGAUUCAAACAAACAAACAAACAGUGUCAGUAAAAUCUGAUAUCAGUAUCUUGCUGUGUUUUUUAAAAAGGAUGUAAAAAAUGUGUUUGUUUUUUGAAGAUAUUUAAAUAUGCCACAUUUUCUGCCUUGUGGCAUGAAAAGCAAAAUAAAUAAUUGUGCGAUCAUAAAAGGAUUUAAAGAGGAGAGCUGGUCCUGAGGUAGCAAGCAUGACUUGUCCCCUUAGCUAAGCAGGGUCUCCUAUUUAUAUUCAUAUGCCCUGCUUGCAAACGAAAAGGAGACUUGAUGUGUGAGCACUGUAAGAUAUUCCCCUCAGGGGAUGGAGCCACUCUGGGAAGAGCAUCGAGCUUCCAAGGUCCUUCCCUUGCUUCUCCAAGAUAGGACAAGAUUUUUUUAAAUUUUUUUUUUAAUAGGACAAGAUUUUUUUAUUGAACCAACAAACUACCAAAGCAUACAGUACGUUGCCAAAGCACAAUUAUAUACAAAGUGGUUGUUUGUACAUGAUAUAUCUACAAAGAUUUACACACAAGGAUUUGGAAACCCACAAGGUUAUGAAGUAU